AUGCCCUGUAUUGAUCAAAAACCGCCAGGCUUUGAACUGACCCGCAAUACAUGGACAACGCUAAACAGAAUAAGAACAAGCAGCGGUAGAUGUGCUGACAGCUUAUAUAGAUGGGGAAAAGCUCUUACUCCUAAGUGUGACUGUAGUGCGCAACGACAGACCGUCCGUCACAUUGUUGAAGAAUGUCCCCGAAGGCGAUUCCCUGGAGUUUUCGAUGAGUUCCUGAAUGCGAGCGAAAAUGUUUUACAUUAUAUUAAUAAUACAUUAGAUGUAUCCUUUGAAUGUAUAUCCCUAUGCUUCCAUCCAUUUGGUGUUGCACUAGCAGUUGGAAGUACUGAAGGACAUUUAUUGAUAAUAAACUCGGAAACUGGAAUUGUGGUUAACACGAUUCGAGUUUGUGGUUCUCCUUUGAACUGUGUAGGAUACAACCCAACUGGAGAUUUGAUAGCAAUAGCCUCACAAAACGGAAGUAUUUACUUAUUUAGGGUAAGCAGAGAUGGAUAUUCUUAUAAAAAAUCAAAUAAAAUAAGAGGAGCUCAACCACUGAUGCAACUUGACUGGAGUUCAGAUAGUAAUUUUCUUCAAACUGUCACUGCCGAUUACGACUUAUCAUUUUGGGAUGUAAAAACUUUAUCGCCUGAAAAAAGUCCAAUUGCAGUAAAAGAUGUUAAAUGGUUUACUCAUAACUCAACGGUUGGAUUCUUAACAGCUGGAAUUUGGAACAAUAGAUUCUAUCCCAUGACAUCAAUAAUAAGUACAGCAAGUCGAUCUGCUGCCCACGAUUUAUUGAUUACUGGAGAUACUGAUGGAUAUCUUAGGUUAUUUAGGUAUCCAUGUAUAAGUCCCAAGGGCGAAUAUAACGAGGAAAAAGUAUACAGUGGUACCGUAGCCUGUGCCAGAUUUUUGUUCAACGACAGGAAUGUCGUCACGGUCGGUGGAACCGAUGCGUCGUUAAUGCUAUGGCAACUAGUGGAAGAAUAG